AUGCAAGAUCACAAGAGCAAGCUAACUCAAGCUAUUGAUAAAAUUAUAAUGCAAAAGAUUAAGAAAACAGACUAUAAUAUUCAUGCUACUAAAGCUAUCAAUAAACUCUUAAUACAGGAGAUUGAAAAGAACUGGAAAACUUAUAUAGAAAAGCUAGAUCAAGAUUAUGAUUCUGAGUCUGAAGAUGAAUUAAAAGAUUUUAAAAAUAAAAUAAAAGAUAUUAUAUCUAAUCGUAAACCUGCAAUCAAGAAUCUUAUUACUACUAAUGAUAU